AUGGCAAAGGCAUUGCAGUUACCUGCACUUAAUCCCUUUGAUGUAAAUGGUGACCAGACAAGCGUUUCCCAAAGGUGGGAUAAGUGGAAGAAAACUUUUGAAUUUUACACAACGGCGACAGGGAUAACGGAUAAAGCACAAAAAAGGGCUUUGUUUCUACAUUCCGCGGGAAGUGAAGUCCAAGAAAUAUUUGAUACCCUUGGGGAGUCUGGAGAUGACUUGGACGGUGCCAAAAAGAAAUUAGAUGAGUACUUCCAACCAAAACGGAACAUAGCAUUUGAGCGCCAUUUGUUCAGGAAUGCGGCACAAGGUGAAACAGAAAAAAUUGACAGUUUUGUGACUAGGCUGCGUAAACUGGCCGUAACCUGUGAAUUUGAGAAGCCAGACGACAACAUUCGAGAUCAAAUUGUUGAAAAGUGUAGAUCGUCAAAAUUAAGAAAAAGACUCCUAAAGGAAAAGGAAUUAACUUUAAAAAGUGCAAUGGAUAUAGCCCGAGCUGGCGAAAUUGUAAACGAGCAAGCAGACAGAUUCAAGGGCAGUGAAACAUUUUCAAGCUCCGAUGUAAACACUGUUAGGCCGUCGGUAAGUCACAGGAAACAAUACGUGUCUGAGAAAAGUUCGCAGAAAGAUGCCACGUGUUUUCGGUGCGGGCGGAAGGGCCACAUUGCAAGGAACUGUACAAUUACUAAGGACAAAACGUGUAAUAAGUGCGGGAAAAAGGGUCAUUUCGCAAAAGUGUGUAAGACUAAAUCGGAUACCCCGCGCACUAGACCAGGUAAGGACCGCAGCACAAAGCAUGUUCAUUUAGUGCAGAGCGAGUCCUCAGAUGACGAGUUCGCAUUUGCUGUCUACAAAAACAAUACAAAUGGCAUGAUAGACGUUAGCGUGGGCGGAGCUAAGAUACAGAUGCUAAUUGACUCUGGCGCGAGCUGCAAUAUCGUUAACCACAAUGUAUGGAGCGCCAUUAGAGCUAACGAUGAAACAAUGUCCCUAUCGAGAAGCACAAAAAGAUUGUUUUCUUACGGAUCAAAGGAACCUUUACAAAUACUACGAACAUUUCGGGCUGUCACCAAGCAUGGACUGCGUGAAACAUAUGCAGAGUUUGCUGUCGUUGAAGGCGAUUAUAUUUCCUUACUAGGAAAAGACACAGCGGUAGAGCUAGGAGUUUUACGCAUAGGGACCGAUGAGCCGAACCUAUGCUCCGUUAGAAGUGAACUUGAUAGGAUUGUUGCCUCAAGAAAUUCUGUUUUCAAUGGAGUAGGGAAACUGGAAAAUUUUCAACUGAAAAUUCAUAUCGACAAGACCGUGACCCCUGUAGCACAACCGUUACGACGCUUACCAUUUAAUGUGAGGAAAAGCGUGCACAAAAAGCUCGAGGAGCUGGAGAAGAUGGACAUAAUUGAGAAGGUAAACAGUCCCACGGCUUGGGUGUCGCCACUUGUCGUUGUGCCUAAGAAAAACGGUGAAAUUCGAAUCUUUGUCGAUAUGAGACGGGUCAACACUGCUGUUCAACGCGAGCGAUACCCUAUUCCGACCGUGGAUAAAAUGCAAGAAGAUAUGAACGGCAGCACAGUAUUCUCAAAACUCGAUUUACGUUUGGGAUACUGUACCACCAAAUAG